AACAUUUGUGCUAACGCUACUUCUGCUUUGAGGAGCUCACAGACAUCGACGCCAUCUCCGCAUAUAGGACCCCCGUCGUUUUUUUAGCAGCAAAAACAACAAUAAAUUGUUAAAACUCCGUAAAUUGGUUGCCAGGGAGUUCUUAGACGGCACUAUAACGUUAUAUUCGUUUAGUAAUAUAGUGUUUUUUCGCCCGAGAAGCAGCAGCAGCUAACUGUUAGCUUGUGACGUUGUUAGCUGUACUAACUUGUCCGCGGAGGGAUAUUUCAUUCACAGCCUGUUUAUGUUUUCACCGCCGCGGAGAAAUGUUGGACGGAUCUGCGGCUCACAGCGAUGAAGCCAACAACAUCGGCAACGUGGAGAACAACAACCCGAUCUCGUUGAUUCCCGGCGGCGGCGAUGGGGUGAACAAACCGCGGCAGGCAGCGCUGCUGAAGAAAGGAGGCAGGAAGCUGCGGUCGGCGGCGCCGCUGCAUCACCAGAAGCCGCCGAGAAGCGGCCCGAGCAUCCGGCUGUCCGACCACAACAACAACAACAACAACACUGUGGCCGCUCAGCCCGGUGCCGAGCUGCCGGCCGGGACACAGACAGUCCUCACCCUCCAUCACCUCAAACAGGGAGCCAAGAAAGAGUUGCUGAAAUCCAAAGGCGGCAGACUGGAGCGCGGAGCUGCACAACCAGGUGGCCAACCAGCCCGCAACCUGCCCCGACAUGAUCAGAGCGCCCAGAACGCGGCCGUGCGGAGCCCCAAGCCGAAGCCGGGCCACGCCCCGGGAGCCGGCCACGCCUCAGCCAAGAGAGACAGCCCCAACAAGCCGCCGUCUCUCCACCAGCCUCCACGCCUCCGAGAGCAGAAGAAGCCCCUGCACACCUCCAACAACGUCAAGAUCUUAGCGAACGUGCCGCCGCCUGCUGAUGUCGCGCCCGAAUACCUCAAAGACGGCGAGAAGGUCUACGCUGGAGCAAAGUUCAGCGAGCCGCCGUCACCGAGUGUCUUACCCAAACCGCCCAGCCACUGGGUCGGAGAAAACGAGCCUCAACAGAGCAACCAAAGCCGAGAGCAAAUGACUGUUCAUCUCAAAUCUCUGCUGAAGGUUCAAGAUAAAUCAUGAACGGAUUUACAAACACACAAAAAAAAAAAAAAAAAGACACAGAGGUGAAUUGGCCUUUAACACACUGCAAUAAAAUAUAGGGCGUUUUUAUUAACUGUAGUACAAUUUCCCAUAAUUCAACACGCUGCCUGCAUUUGUGAACAUUUAUGAGACGUCGGUUGUUGCUGGAGAUCCGACUGACACGCUUGGGUUGUCAAAUAUUAACGAUAAAAUAAUGAAUGUGAUCAGUCGGAGGUGGUCUCCAGCUGCAGCGCGAACAAGCGUCUCAUGUUUACAUCUCGUCGAGUGAUUACGGCACUUUCCUUAUAAACGCUUUCGAAAAAAGGCAGUUUUUUUUUUAAAAAAAGGAGCUCGUGUAAAUGUACAUAAUAUAUUGUAAACAUAUAUUUGUGUAUAUUUUUCCUUGUUAUUUUAACUGAGAUUCUAGUUUUGUUACUGAGGUUUUUUUUCCAGAAAAAAAAGAAAAGAAAAAAAAAGAACAUAAAAAAAAAAAGUCCCCUUGCGAACUGAGGCACUUUGUUACAGCUCCUUCAGCGUGCGGCUCAGUGGACACCAGAGAGACUUUUCUAACUGAUUUGCACUGAAAAUCUGGGAAGCGGCGGGAGAAACGUUGUUUGUUUCCGAGUCUUGACCGGCCACUUUGAUGAUUUCACAAGCCAGCUUCGAGCGCACAAGGAGAGGACUUCCAGACCCUUUCAGGAAUUUGGCUCAGAUAGCAGGACGAAUCAGGAAAUCUACCAGCUGGUCCGCCGAAUUUUACCCGCCCUUCCCGGGAAAACACGGGUCCAGCCGGUGGAAAAAAAAGCUAAGAGUGGAAUCAGAAUCAGGGACUGUGAGGCCGCUGACGCCUCUGCAAACUGAAGAGAAGACGACAAUGUGAAAAGUCUCACAACCAGCUGCUGCUGAACCAGCCUCCAGCAUCCAAACAGAGUGCUUUUUCUUUUUUAUCUCUAUUGCACUGAAUACGUUCACAUCAAGCCGGAUUAAGUGAAAAUAUCUUUUUCUCUUGACUGCCUGUCCACACUGACAGAAGCUUUUUUCCCAGAGCCGUAUCCAGGGUUGGCGAGGCUUAAAAAUCGUGUUUUCUCUGCGAUCAGUGUUUCUAAUUGUCGGUAUGGAUCACCCGCGCAGCUCUUUUGUCCCGAUUAAGCCAUUAAUCGAGCGACACAAACACCUCCUGCACCUAUUUUGAUAAUUGUUUGUGUCAUUUCCGAAAAAAAACUUUCUGCUUCCGGCUUCUUAAACGGAAAAGGAUUUGCUCCAGUUUUAAAUCAAAUUUGGAGUAUUUGCACGAUAAGACAUUUCAAUAUGUCACUUCAGGUUCUAUCGAGAGCAAAUAAACGUGGUGAAAACAAUCGGUUUAUGAAAAUAAACAAACAGAUUGUAGCCUCGUGAUCAGAAUCUAUAAUGACUUGAUCGGCACCUGAGAGCUGGCGAACAUGUAUUUAUGAAAAUACCUGGCAAUAGAAACAAUACGUGAGGACAAUUAAAUGGUGACUUUGUCUAUUAAAAGACAAAAAUCAAAGAGGGCAGAGAAGGAGGACAGAAAAAUAAGAGAAUAAGCUGUUUUUUUCUUCCUGUUCCCAGUGUGGACGGCGUUGUUUUUACACGUUUUAAAGAUUGUAUGGCUUCAUGUGGACGCAGUUUCACUUCCGUCUGUGUGUUUUGUCUUUUUUAAAGGGGACUUAUUUUCACGCACUUCAUUUCACAUACCUCUUUGUUUCUGUGACGUUCUUUUAAAGCACGUUGAUGCAGUAUGUGUUGGAUUUUUGGCACAGAUGAUCUUGUGAUUAUGUACCACAUGUUUUUGUUUUUCGUUGUUGUUUUUAACAGUUUCUGUGGAUGCAGGCAGCUGCCGGAUCUCGUUUCUUGACCUCUGUGACGUCACGUACAUGGAAAGUUGUAUUACUGUAGCAAAAACUGCCCAUUUUAUGACAGUGUUUUAAAAUUUGUUUCAUUCCAGUCAUGAGAAUAUGCUUCCCAGCACAGCUCCCAUGUCAAAAAAAAAUUGCGGGAAAAAAAAAUAUUUUAUGAAGUCUUUCAUAUCUAAAUUUAAAAAAUUCUAUUAAAAUUUGGUUACCCCUA